AUGUCAGAGAGGGUGGACUGGUUACAAAGCCAAAAUGGAGUAUGCAAAGUUGAUGUCUAUUCACCUGGAGACAAUCAAAUCCAAGACUGGAAAAUGGAAGUCUCCAAAGAUCCCGUGCGAGUGCUCAGCUGGCUCCGUCGAGACUUGGAGAAAAGUACAGCAGGGUUCCAAGAUGUUAGGUUCAAGCCUGGAGAAUCGGCACUGGCUGAAGGCAUGGCCAACGCAGGAGACUCACAAAGAGGUUUCUACAUGGAUGCCUACAACACCACCAGCAAGGGCAUCCCAGGGAAACUGCACUUUGAGGUAACCCACAAAGAGAUCCCUUCCCAGGGCCCUGGGGCUCUGCCUGGCAAUGGAAAGUCAGUAGAUGAAGUCUCCUUCUAUGCCAACCGCCUUACAAAUCUAGUGAUAGCCAUGGCCCGCAAAGAGAUCAACGAGAAGAUUGAUGGCUCAGAAAAAAAAUGUAUUCAUCAGUCCCUGUACAUGGGGGAUGAGCCCACACCCACCAAAAGCCUGAGUAAGGUAGCGUCCGAGCUGGUGAACGAGACCGUGUCUGCGUGUUCCAGGAGCGGUGACUCGGACAAGGCUCCCGGCUCCGGGGACAGAGCCGGAUCUUCUAGUCUCCCGAGCUUGAAGAAGAAGUCCACUCUGAAGAUCAAGGAGACCACCAGGGAAAGCAAGGGUUCAGAUGACAAGCCUGUUUCCAGAAAGUCUUUCUUCUACAAGGAAGUGUUUGAGUCUCGUAAUGCAGGGGACGCCCGAGAGGGUGGAAGAUUACUUGGUGAGAGAAGGCUGUUCAGGGGGCAGGAGAGGCCUGAUGACUUUACCACAUCCAUCAGUCAAGGGAUCAUGACCUAUGCCAAUAGCGUGGUGUCUGACAUGAUGGUCUCCAUCAUGAAGACCUUGAGGAUCCAGGUGAAAGAUACAACCAUUGCCACCAUCCUGCUGAAGAAGGUCCUGAUCAAGCAUGCUAAAGAAGUGGUCUCAGAUCUCAUUGACUCCUUCAUGAAGAACCUCCACAACAUCACAGGGACCCUCAUGACGGACACGGACUUUGUCUCAGCUGUGAAAAGAAGCUUCUUCUGUCACGGAAGCCAGAAGGCCUCAGACAUCAUGGAUGCCAUGCUGGGCAAGCUCUACACGGUGAUGUUCACUAAGAAAUUCCCUGAGAACCUCCAGAAAACUAAAGACAAGCAAGAGAGUUAUUCUGUGAUGUCCACGAAAGGAAUGGGGGACCCUAGACACUGCAAUGUCAACUUUGCAAUGAGAUCUGAAGCCAAGUUGAGAGAAAAGAUGUAUUCUGCUCCCAAGCCCCAGAAGGAGAAGUCUUGUGCCGAGACUUUGGGUGAGCACAUUAUCAAAGAGGGACUCUCCAUGUGGCAUAAAAGUCAACGUAAAGAAUGCCCAUCUCCAGGCUUUGAGCGUGCAGCAUUUUUGGAUCCCAGCAAACACUGUAAGCUGACACCAGACAUUCCUUUUGAAAUCACUCAGGAUAACUGCUGCCUCAGUCCUCUGCUGCAACACCCAGAGAAUCCUGAAAAUUUCAUGUGUGAGUCAGACUCCUGGGCCAAAGAUCUGAUUGUAUCUGCUCUACUUCUGAUUCAGUACCACCUCGCCCAGGGUGGAAAGAUGGAUCCCCAGAGCUUCCUUGAAGCUGCGAGCACCACCAAUUUUCCCACCAAAAAGUGCCCUGUAGUUCCUGAUGAGCCCAGUGUUAAGAUCCCUCAUGUGGUAUGUGACCAAGAACAAGCAGAAAAGAAGGACCUCAUGAGUGUUUUCUUCAAUUUUAUCCGAAACUUACUCAGUGAGACCAUCUUCAAGAGUGACAAAAACCCUGAACCCAAGACACCAGAACAGUCAGCUAAGGAAGAAGUCAGGCACUACUGUGAGAGACCUGUCACACCUUCUCCCAUCAAAGUUGAUGAAAGCUGUGAGACCAGUAGUACCUUUUCUGGCUUGACCAAGGUGGUCGCCAACCAGCCUGAUGGCCAAGUGAACGGGCAGAUGGUCGAACACUUGAUGGACUCCGUGAUGAAGUUGUGCCUCAUCAUUGCCAAUUCUUGUGACUCGCCCUUAGCAGAACUGUCCGAUGACAAGUCCGGGGAUGCCAGCAGGCCGAAUUCUGCCUUCCCCGAUAAUCUAUAUGAGUGUUUGCCAGUCAAAGGCACAGAGACGGCAGAAGCUCUUCUGCAGAACGCCUACCAAGCCAUCCAUAAUGAAUUGAGAGGCAUUUCAGGACAGCCCUUCGAAGGAUGUGCACCCAAGGUGAUAGUCAGUAACCACAACCUCACGGAUACCGUUCAGAACAAGCAACUCCAAGCCGUCCUGCAGUGGGUAGCUGCCUCGGAGCUCAACGUGCCGAUUUUGUACUUUGCUGGUGAUGAUGAAGGGAUCCAGGAGAAGCUGCUUCAGCUCUCGGCGGCCGCUGUGGACAAAGGCCGCAGCGUGGGUGAGGUCCUGCAGUCGGUGCUACGCUAUGAGAAGGAGCGACAGCUGGAUGAGGCGGUGGGAAACGUCACGCGGCUGCAGCUGCUGGACUGGCUGAUGCUGAACCUGUGAGCGGCACCACACACUGCUCCUCCUCUUGCAGUGGUGGGCCCAGUCCUCCCUCCCUCCCUCCUUUCUCCUCACUCCCAUCCUUCUCUCCCCACAUCCUCUCAGAGGCCUCACAUUAUCUCCAUACCACUCACGUCAGAGACAUGUCAUCUUAUG